AUGUCCGCCGCCUUCUCUCUCCUUCUCGCCAAUCCAGCCCUCCACUGCACCUUCCUCCCUGAUCGACGAGGCGCCAAUCGCAUCGCUCAGGAGUUGUCCACCCGUCCUGAUCUCGUCGUCAAAUGCAAACAACGUUUCCGCGUGCUCUCCGUUGUGGAUCCAAAUGGACCCGACUUGGGGGAGGAUCAGGACAAGAUUGGGGAGGAGCUAAAGACGCACUUUGAAGCUUAUCUCAAACCCGUCAUGGCUGGUGAUGAUUCUGAAAAAGGUUUCGGCAUCAAGCCAAAGGUCGUCAUUAUGGAUCUCUUCCGUGGACCGCAAUGCAUGGGAGUUGUGCAGAAGGUCGCCACUGAGCUUGGUAGGAAGGAGCAGGUCAAGCUAUUGAUAUCUUUGUCAAUCACCAACAUGGGUCUCAAACUCGUUCUUGAAUCUAAUGCUCGAGUCGAUGCGGCCGUCGCUGAAGGCAAACAACUAGACGAGGCGGUCGAAGAGAUUGCCUCGUAUGACAGAAUCAUUGAUCCCCUCGACAUACCUGCCCGACCUCAGUGGGAAUUUCAUCCUCAAGUCGGUUCAUGGCAAUUUGACUCCAUUGUACCUGCCCUGAAAAUGCCCUAUUUCUUCUCGCCCGCCUUCAAGCACUGCGAUGGAAUGAUCAUCAACGGCGUUCCCGAACUCGAGCCCAAGGCCGCUGCUACUUUGAGCGGACUGCUUGGUCAUCCGGUAUAUACGAUAGGAUACGACCCCACCGAGGUAUCGGGCAAAGAAGACAUACCUGAGCUGGUCAACAAUCCUAGAUAUCCGACUGACGAUGGACGAGUGAAGAAAUUUCUCGACGAAUGUCUCGCCCAUUAUGGCGAAAAUAGCGUAGUGUACAUCAGUCUGGGUCAGGUCGGAUGGCCAUUCCGUCGACCUGAGCUUAUCGAUAAUCUUGUCAACUCGCUACUCGAUGCUGGAAUCCCAUUCCUCUUUGCUCUCGCCGCCACCGACGCUGAACUCACUCCCGAAACACUGGCAAAGGUCCAAGCCAGCGAUAAAGCCGAGAUCUCUAGUUGGGUGAAUCAGAGAGAGGUUCUCAAGCAUUCAGCUGUCAGCACCUUUGUUACACAUAUGGGUCCAUCCGGCAUGUAUGAAAGCUUGAUCGCUGGCAAGCCAAUGAUCGCCGUUCCACAAUUCAGUCAACAUCCCGUCAACACCAUGCUCAUGACUUCACUUGGAUGUUGUAUCCAAUUAUACCAAUUCUCCACUGGUCAUGACGGCAAAACCUUCAGUAACGGUGUCAAAGUGAAUAGUGCUACUCUGAUGCGGAAAGAGAUGGAUGAGGUGUGGGUGAGAAAACGCGGUGAAGAGGGAACCAGGUUGAGGGAGAACGUACAAAAGGUGCGGGCGCGCAUCAUUGAAAGUUGGGAAAGAGGAGAGUCAAAGAAGGCUUUGGACGCGUUGGCCGAUAUAAUCUCGGAAUGA